GCGGGAGCGGCCCCCGCAGAGCCGCCGGCCCGGCCAUGUGCCGACAGGGGUGGCUGCUGCCGGCUGCCUGCUCCGCGCCCGCCGCUGCCGCCCGCCUCCUCAGCCUCGUUCCUGCCGUUUAUUUUUAAUUUUUUGAUCGUUAUUUUAUUUUUAAUAAUUCUCUUUAAAAAAAAAAAAAACCACAAAACAAAAAAACCACCGCGGUUAUUUUGGUAUUGAUGCUCUCCGAGCGGGAGACUUCGGAAGACGCGGUCCUCACCUGAGCGAGCCGGCCCCAUUCCCCCGUUUGAAGGCUGUUAAUGGAGAAGAGGGCGGAUGACAGCCGGGACCGUGGUCAUCACAGGUGGAAUAUUAGCGACUGUCAUUUUACUUUGUAUCAUCGCCGUCCUCUGCUACUGUAGGCUCCAGUACUACUGCUGCAAGAAGGAUGAAUCCGAGGAGGACGAGGAGGAGCCCGACUUCGCCGUGCACUCCCACAUCCCUCCGCUCCACUGCAACCGCAACGUAGUGCUGACCAACGGGCCCUCCCUCUACUCCUCAUCCCCCUUCGCCAAGAAACCAGCCCAGAGCCGGCCCAGCUGCCCCAGCUGCGCUCCCUACGAGCCCCCCACCUCCUUCCUCCAGGAGACCCCCACCUCCUUCCUCCAGGAGACCCCCACUUCCUUCCUCCAGGAGCCUCCCACCUCCUUCCUCCAGGAGCCCCCCACCUCCUUCCUGCAGGAGCCCCCCACCUUCUUCCUGCAGGAGCCCCCCGAGGAGCUGCACAACGGAGGCGACAGGGUGAGCUACAAGACGGUGAGCCAGGAGGAUCUGGCUCUGCCCGUGUCCAACCUGCAGGCGCUCAAUCCCAACCGGCUCUCGGCCAUGCGGGAAGCGUUCUCCCGCAGCCGCAGCAUCAGCACCGAUGUGUGAGGUGCCGCCUGCCCGCCCGGCCCCGAGCGUCCUCUCGCACCUCUGCGGGGCUUUGGACAGCGGGAAGAGCUGGUUGGAAUUCCUGGAGGAGUUUUGAAAAGGGGAGGGGGGGGAAAAAUGAAGUGAAUGUAUAUCUGCGGGCUGGUGAUGUAAAGGGGGAGCAGAGCAAGCCCAGGUGGGGAGCGCGGGGGUGCAGCUGGAACGGGAGGUUUUCCAGCGCUGCGUUGUUUGCUCUUUUCUUUUAUAAAGAGGAUUUUGAUAUUGAGCAUCCUUUUGUACGGAGGAGUUGCCCCUCCUCACCAUUUGGCCUGGGGAUGAUGAGUGAACGAUGGGGCUCAUGCUGCAGGUCAGGCAUGACCUGGGGGGCCUAGGAUGCACUCAGGUGCACAGACAGACCCCAAAUGUCCUCUAGAAAAGCAGGGCUGUCACUGCCCACCUUUCUGCCACCCUGUCCUUCACUGCUCCCUGCUGCAGCCGUGGGAGUGUCUGUGGGUGUGGGUGUGAGUGAGCACAGCCCUGCACUAUUCCCAGCCCAUGGCACUCCUCAAGGCAGGCGUUAAUUCCCGGGUGCCAGGCACAAUCCCCUCAGGGUUAGGAUGGUGGCUGGGCACACGGCCUGUCCCUGGAGCGCCCGGAGUGGCCUCGUGGGCCCUCGGAAGGAGCUGGGCUGGGGGUGCAAAACCCCUGCAUUACCCAGCUAUGGAAAUGACACACAGCACACUUUGGGAUGGAGGAAUAUCCCUCGGGAUAAUCAGCACCCCUGCUCCAAGUAAUGCCAUACACAACGUCUGACUGAGGGCUCCGUGGCGCAGGGGUCACCGUGUGUGUGCCCACCCUUUGCAUGCACAUUCUUACACGCAUUUAUUUGUUUGAGAGGGGUUUUUUAAGGAAAAUAAAAGUAAAAAGACACUUUUCCCCCAUCCAGGAAAGUGUCAAAACACUUCUAAAUUUAGGCAAAACCUCCGAUUUGCAUUUUCCACUGAGCCAUUUCCCAUGGCCGGGCAGCCUGGCUGUGGCACCGGCUCUGUCCCACGCUGGAUCCUGCAGGGACAGCCCUGGCAGAGCAGCAGGGACAGAGCUGGUCCCUGAGCGUGUCCCUCUGCACCAGACGUGCUGCAAAGGAGCCCUUGGGGGAACUCAGAGGUUUAGGAGAGCAAUUUCAGCCAUGAGGGAACUCCUGCUCGGGUUUCUCCUGGCUGUCUCCAUUCCUCCCCUCUGACCUCACCACUCUCCAAGUGACAGAACACCCUGUUUCUCCUGGAUUGGGCAUUAUUCAGGUUAAAUCAUCACCUGGGGAUGGCUGGUGAGGAUGGACUGGCUGCACAGAGACUCUGCUGCCCUCAGCGCUGUGCUCCAGGGCGAUUUUCCUUUUUAAAGAUGUUCUGGGAAGAAGCAGCCCUGGCUCCAGCCCCCGGGGAUGUUUGGACACUGUUUGCAGCCCGGCUGGGUAUUUUACUUCGAACCACGAGGGCUUUUAAUUCCACAGGAAACCUUUUGAAGUACAAGUCAGUCUUUGCAAAUGAGUAUCUUCGACUUUCUGGGGGGGUUCUCUUUGGGGUGGGGAGGGCUGGGGUUGGUUUCUUACAUGUUUAAUAUUCCGGGCUCGGUCCCUGUGAUGCUGCACCCCAGGAGCACAGUCCCUCUGCUCCAGAGGGGUGCAGCCAUGCAGACCAUGCUCCCAUGUACAGUCCUCACUGGGGUUUGUUCCCAUGCCUUGAGCCCUUCUCUCCCCGUUUUUCGUGAUUUUUCCCACCAGCCUUCCCUUCCUCCGUUUUACCUUGUUUCUUUCCCUUGUUGCUUGGAAACUCAGCUUUCACUAACCCUCACCUGGUGAUCUGUUGUACAGGACUUUGGGAAUCUCAGAUGGGGGAGGGAAAAGUCAAAAAAAAAAGAAAAAAAAAGAAAUAAACUACUUUGACAUGG